GGAGGGCGGACGUGUUUUCCGUCGGUGGAUUGCGCUCGUCCCGCACCGGGCGAUGCUAAACAACAGGGCGUUCCGCGUGUGUUGUUUUCGUAAAGUACGCUGUGUUUAGUGCUCCUCCCGGACAUAUGCGGUGAUAAAGAGGCACGGAGCUGGCGACGCUAUGGGCAACUCUUGCAGCUCAGGGCAGGCCCACAAAGACAAAGAUAGCAUUUCGCAGCAUUCGGAAGAACCCAAUUGUUGCGCCCGCAGGUCACCUUCCUACCGGGUCACCAAGCCAUCAAUCGAUGCGAGCGCAGAGCAGCCGCCGCAAGAGUUGCUGGAGUCGGUGCCCUCGUUCAAGGACAAGAAGCCGCAGCUGAAGGGUCCACGACCGCCAGUUGGGUCUAGCGUAUCAGACUCCAUCUCCUUAUCGUCGCCGGUAGCUUGCGCGUCUCCACGCGAAGAUGUGGUGGGUCCGCCGAUACCUGCCAAUGUGGCUGAGCUGCCGGAAGAGCACCGUUCCUAUCUGCUCGGCAGGAUAACGGGCCAGCGGAUUAGAAGACGACGGGCGAUGGUCAUUUACGUCUGCGCUGCGGAUUCACAGGACUGCUGUGCGGAGAAGGGCGCCUUGCACUGCGGGGUAGCGGCAAGGUUGCGGUCUCGAGCUAGGAAGCGCGGCUGGAGGGUUCACGUGGCCGACUUGCACUGGCGCUCGCCACUGGAACAGCAACGCGACCAUAGGUUUCCGGUGCUAUGCAUCGCUGAGCUGGCACGUCAGUCGGAACUAGGUGCCGUAGUACCAGUAUUGUUCCUCAACUCAAACCUCGGGACGCCGCUGUUACCUCACACGCUAGAAUGUGCUGACUUCAAGGCGGCGCUCGAAGCUGCUGAAGACGAGAAUGACAAGAGCUUGCUUAAUAAAUGGUACAAUCUAGAUAAUGGCACUACACCACCAUGCUACAGGUUAGUGCGAGGCGCGCCGGCUCGCUGGCGACGGGAAAUGGCACGCACGUUGAGUGUCCUCGUGCGGACCUUGCCCCAGGAAGCCUGUGACGCCUACCUCACGACUGUAUUAGAACAGGAAGUCCAACAUACGGUCCUGAUGAGCUCAGAUGCGGCACGUCGUUGUGUGUGGGUGUGCCGGGCGGGCGCUGCGCCGGACACCGACCCUGAUGCGGACCACAAUCGCGAACUGCAGCGGAGACUAGUCAACUUGCAGAAGGAUCUCAAGCUAAACCUUAGCGAACGCAACAUAAUCCGCGCCAGCAUCCGCGGUCGUCCGAACAACGGGUUCAGUGACGACGAGUACACCAGCGGAGUGAAGGCAGCGCUGGGUGAUCGACUAGAUGCGCUAUUUGACGCGCUCGUUAGCGAAGCAGAAACACCCGCUGGAUAUUGUGGUAUACCCACCAGUCUCUUCGAUGAAGUGAGUGAGCAUCUCGCAUUUUGUCAAAAAGUGACUCAAUGUACCUCCAACCGAGAAAUCACACUAAAUGAGCUGAAAACAUAUAUCCGUGGAGAAAGCGCAGUGCCAUUGGCUCUUCUAGGUGGCGCUGGUUGCGGCAAAGCCACGCUAUUGGCGCGUGCGGCUGCACUAGCUCCCUCUGUGUUACCAGAUGUCGCCCUCAUAUUAAGGUUCGUAGGACUGACGCCGCAGUCAAGCAGCUCGCACCAGCUUCUUAAAUCAAUCUUGGACCAACUACACGUGCUGCACACUGGCACCGUGUACCGGGGACGUAAUGAAGCCAGCACGUUAUCUUCAGCUCUAGCGAGACUCCUAGAAGCGAUGGGCAGGUCACGACCAGUACUGCUGUGUAUAGCGGGAGCGGAUGCAUUGCGAGGGGCCCGCUGGUUACCCUCGCGGCUUCCGGAAAAUGUGAAGAUGAUCGUCACUGUGACUGAAGAAAAGGAUGAACCAUCCAGUUCAGCAAUAAUGGCCGUGCUAUCAUCAGAAGAUGGUCCCAAAGUCGUACGAGCCCCUCCGGUUGGGCCAGAAGAAGCUAAAGCUGUGUUAGCGGCGUGCGCUGCCACUUAUAGUAAAACUGGUGCAGCCUCACCUCCGGAAGAGGCUCUGAAAGCCGUUCAAAAAUGCACCUUACCGCUCUAUGCCAAGAUCUUAGCGUGGCAAAUAUCGCUGUCAGCGGAAACGUUUACCGAGCAAUCUGAACCGGAGACGGCCCCCGAACUGGUCAUCUCUGAGGACCUGGAAGGCCAACUGGAACAGAUACUUAUCACCACAGAAGCUGCCCUAGGGAUGGAGAGAGUUAGGGCGUGCUUGUCUUUGCUUACAGCGGCCAGACGAGGACUGGAUGAUACGGAAAUAUUGGAUCUGUUGGCACAUGAUGAUUUGUUUAGAAGCGAGGAAACGUAUUUUCCAUGGGCACCAGGGGCGCUUUUAUGGCCCCAGUUGGGCGCUCUUUUGGCCCCAUGGUUGCGCUGGGACUCGAGAGGAGCGGCGCGAUGGCGGGAUGCGGCGCUCGCGGUCACUGCCACCGACAGAUACGCGGCCCACGUGCACGCUGCGAGGCAGAUACUUGUUGAUUACUUUGAGGGUGCAUGGUUCGUAGAAAACGACCCAAAAAUGACCGGCCGAUUAAUUUCACAAGAGAACAAAUUUUCCGAUGAAUGGUAUAACACGAGAAAGUUUGACGAGCUGCCAUUCCAGCACUACCACCUUCUAAAAGAAGACCCAGAAGCCUUUGCCAACAAACCUUACUUCACCCAACUAAAUUGGAUCCACGAUAAGCUCGCGGCUACUGAUUGUGGCCUUUUUCUCGAAGACAUAGCACUUGUACACAUAGAUCCUUUACCAGAACAUCUAGACAUCCUUAAAGAAGUUUUCGAGACCCAUUCUUAUGCGCUAGAUUACGACCAUAGACAAUUCUUCGGGCUUCUCAGAACUACGAUGGAGAAAAGACAUCGCGAUGGGAUUGACAUAGACAGCGAUAUAGUCCAAGAAUGGAUGAAAUCGAUCUUCGAACCUCCAGUACCAACCUUCUACCCGGCGAACGAAGAAUUCUGGAAAGUUAUAGAGAAUAGAGAGAAGCGUGAUUUGUCUAUGGUGGAAGGUUUUGAUAGCAAGUCCUAUAAUUUGAUAGUGAGGUUCGACACGAGAGGUAAAUUUGUGGCUACGGUGUCAACAGAACGGGAAGAGAUUUGUGUGUGGGAUGUUAUGAAAUGUAAGUUAGUCAGAAAAAUUGUGGGAAUAACGCAUCCCAUUAACCUAGUUCCAAUCGAUGAGUAUCGGUGUGUGGUGCUCUGCAGAAGGGAACUGAAGGUUUAUGAUCUAGACCAGGGUAAAUACGUAGUCGCGCUAAAAGGAGUAAUGAACCAAAAGAUGCCCUACUACGGCCUCCAUGACCCGAAGCAUCUGGUUGCGCUCUCCAGAAACAGGAUGUACGUCAACCUCAUGAACAUCGAGACUGGUGACUGUGUGACGACGUUCAAAGCAGGAGAAGACAGGUUCCUAAAUUCACUUCUCGUAUCUGGCGAUGGAAGGGUGUUAGUCUGCGGUGAUGAGACUCAGAAACCGUUUCCUCUACUAGUGUGGUCGUUGACCUCGAGGAAACUGCUCUACGAUCUCAGAAUACCCCAUCACGAUUUCAUCACCUCAAGGGCCGCAAUUACAUAUGAAGGUUCCUACGUCUGCGUAGUUUCGCGCGAACUAGACGAGCCGAGUCCGAACUUCAUUGUGGUAUACGACCUCCAGUCGGGCACUUUGUUCAAGAAGUGGAAACCUGGCUGCGAUACUGUCGCCCUGGCGAUCAGCUCUGUCGACGGAUGUGUGGUUUCUGGCCUUGCUGACACUAGGAUACUAGUCUGGGAUUUAGUUACAGGCAACUGUAGGUUAACUUUACGAGGUCACGUGGCAGCGCCAUCUCUGUUGCGGCUGUCAAAGUCUGGUGGAGUGCUUUUGUCCACCGACCACACGUGCAAGGACCUAUCUGUCAGAUUGUGGGACCUACACACAGGCAAACUAAUAGCGGUGUACACGCCGCCGGAGAGAAUAACAUCCUGCGAGGUGCUUCUCGGCGGAUCAGUGAUAGCUUUAGCCUUGGAGAACUACAGGGAGAUACUCUGCGUCAAAUUGCACGGCCCGUCCGUAGAUUCGGUUAAGAACGGGAAGGAAUGCGAGUUUGACGAAACAGGGUACGGCCAGGAGGAGAAUGAGGGGAAGACCUUCGAUGUGAGGGGAACAGAGAACACCUGAUAAAGAUCCCGUAGGUUUAAGCGUGUUAGCAAUAAUCUGUGGUUAUGUGUCAUAAUUAUUAUUAUAAUAAAAUAGUUUUAUUAAUAUUGUGUUCGUAGCUUUUAAAACAAAACGUUCUGAAGUUCUUUUACAAGCUUUUUACUGACUUGCUUAUUCGAUUGUAGCUAAUCGGUUGUCAAAAAGAAGAGAUAUAUUUUUUUGAAUUAAAAAUCCAGCAUAAAAUUUACACAUUAAGGGCCGAUUUCACCUACUUGUGUAAUAAAAAACAAACAAAUUUUUUGGUCGUUUAGAACCACAGAGUAAUGUAAGAGUGUGUAUUUCGCCUGAUGCUAAAUUUAUCGAUGGUCUGUCAAAUGUAUGUCAUAAAACGUAAAUUAUGAUAACAUCCCUGUUGUUUUUGACGCCCCUUUGGCUGAUGCCUUGUUGCGACUUUAUUGGUAAAAUUGGCCCUAAUUAUC